CAUUCAUUCAUUUCAUUUCAUUCAAUCAUAGGUGAGUCGCUGACCUGCAACACCUGCAGGGUGGGGAUCGCAGGUAAAUGUCUGUUCAGCUCCACUGAAACCUGCAGCGACUCUCAGUCCAGCUGCUACUGGGGAAACCUGGCCUUCAACAUCAGCAGUUUGCUCAGCCUGCAGACCCAAGGCUGCCUGGCCUCCUCCCUCUGCAACCAAACUGAAACGGGAUCCCUCCUGACUGCCGGAUACACCGUCAACAGGACCUGCUGCAGCACCGACUGCUGUAACGGAGCCGCAUCCAUCCAGUUCUCUCUCACUGCUGCUUUGGGCGCCGCCCUACUGGCUGUUUGGAGCAACUUGAGCCUUUAAAAAUGAAAACAAAGAUCCCCUGUUGUCUUUGUGUGCAUGCAACUUGAUGGAUCCUGUAGACACUCCUGUAUUGUGAUAGUCGUAUUGUUGUAGCCUUUAUGCCUGGAAAUAUGGGGUUUUGUGAAAAUAUAGACAUAGUAUGAAAACUCUAUACAUCUUCAACUACCACAAAGUAAACUUUUAACUGCCUGAAACCUUUUACCGCAUGUUCAUAACAGAGGUGAACAAAUAAUAAACUAUAUCUGGUUGGUUGGUUGUUUGUUGAGACCGAACGUAAGGACUGGGAAGCUACAAAUGAAUUGCCUAUGGGGGAUAAAUAAAGUUGUCUGAACUGAACUGAACUAAUAAAAGUUACAUUAC